AUGGUUUCCUUAUUUCCAGUCACAGUCACAGAAGACCUUUCACUUGAAAAAAAUCAAGGUGUAUUCCGAAAUGAUCCAGAUGAAGAUGAUUCCGAUCUUUCAGAAGAGGAAGAUUUUGAUCCAGAGGACGAGGACUCGAUCCAGGGUCCUGUAGUUGGCUUUACUGGGCGCGGGAAGCAAGAUGCCCAAAGUGCUGGCGCAUCUGACGAAAAAGACAAGAAAAAGACAGACAAAGACAAGAUACAGACAUCAACCAAAGACGAGAGUAAAAGUGUUCCCAAAGAUGCCAAGUCACGUGGGAAGACCAGCCAAAAACCUCGAAAGCCCAACCCAGCCAAUUACGACUGA